AUGAUAAGUUGCUCAGGCAAAUAUGCUCAACACGAAUUGUGGGUUUAUGAUCUACUAGAUGUUCAUCGAUGGUGUCUCUCGAGGUUCAAUCCUGUGGCGAGCAAGUCCCGACGAAUCGGCGAUUGGAGAAGAACCCCAACGUUUUUAAUAUCAGCGCUUGAAAAUCGAUGGUAUUAUAUUGGCGCUAACCGGAAAGACGGAUGUCACGCCCCCAAAUCGGUGCUUCUCAGUCGUCCAGAAUGCUCCGUUGAUAAGAUGUUCGUUUUCAGUGAUGGAGUCACUGAGGGAACAUUCCUAUGGAACAACCAUUGGAGUGCUCAGAAUCCGGAUUCAUUCUACCGCUAUGGCGAGUUCGAAAGCGUUAUUGGAAUAUACAAUGGAUUGGUGGGAGAUUGGAGAAUGCAUGAUGUUCUUCCUGGAGCUCUCUGCAGUGUCGCACUAUGCUAA